GCACUCGUCGACAUGCAACGGCAGUGUGGUUUCCCUGCUCUCUUCAAGACUAUGGCCCCGUGGGAGCACUGCUUCCCUUACCACCUCUUCGUCCUGGACGAGAUGGAGAAGGGCGGCCGGGGCAGGAUGCAGCUGGCUGGCUUGGAGACGCUUCACACAGCCCAGGUCUUCACGGAGCUGAAUCGUGGCCUCUACUCCGGGCGCAACAAGACUUCGGCACAGGAUGGCUGGAAGGAUCAUCUUCUUGCCUCGACUCAGCCGGAGGAGGGCCGCGUCAAGACCGUCAUCAACUACUUCCAGCGGCUUGAAUUUCAGGACGGCAAGCGAAAGCUGCCGACGCAGAAUGUGGAGCACAUCGGACUCGAGCGUAAGCUUGCCGCAACCGUUCCUGACGUUGCAGAGCAGCCGGCCCUGCGCGGCUACAUGCUGGGCCGGCCCCAUGGCCGCAGUGACAGCGGUUGGCCCGUCGAGGAUGGCGAGUCGAGGUGGGACCCCGACGAGAAUAUCGUCCGUUUGCGCCACACAGAGGCGGAUAAGAAGCAAGGGCACCGAGCGUUCUUCCCGGAGACCUUGGAAGUGACGAAAGGGCUGCUCCUCAGAUAUGUAGCGACCUACACACCGAAGUUCUCUGAUAGCUUCGCGCGCGAGUGGCUGAAUGAUGAAGCCUCCGCCUUCUCCGUGGCACGUAGGGUCCUCUUCGACUACCAGCCUGCAGAGCCAGAAAUGUGGCUCUACCUUUACGCGCAGCAGAUGCCGCCCUGCCGCUACGGCGGUCCGAUGGUUCCUCUCAUCGCACCGUGGCCUGGCAUGGAGAUGGCCUGUGACACCGUGUCGCUUUUCAAUGAUCGAUGGUUUGGGCAGUGGCUGGCGCUGCGGCAGCCUUUCCGAAAGCUCAGUGACCUCCUGCUGAACGAUGUUGUCGAGAAA